GAUUUUGAAGUCAGCACCGACAGUUACAAUGUGACAACCAUUUUCAAGAAUUCUUUUAUUGCACGCUAUGUUAAGAUUACAAAACCAAACUGCAAUGGUGCUUGUGAGAUGGCAUUCCAUGUCCUGGGAUGUGAAUGGUCACCUGUAUGUCUUGAUCAUUUAGAAUUGUCAAACGGAUUAACUGAAGCAAACUGUUAUUACCCAACUUGUGCUGCUGAUGUAGGCAGCAUACGUACUGUCACCGGAAUCACCACAAGGCUUGAUAAUUCGGCUGUACCAUCAUUCAAAAUACGGCAUUCUGUAGAUGGAGAAUCUUACCGUGACCUUAUAGACAGAAGUGGGGUGGUGGUG